AUGUCUAUAAUUGCUGCGGAAUGGACAUGCCUAGCUUCGACGGCUCGCCUCCAGCGCUCCUCGCAGACAAUCUCUGUGGUUGCCAAUAAAGUUUGGAUCUUUGGCGGUGAAGUGCAGCCCCGACAGCCAGUUGACAAUAGACUCGAUGUGGUGGAGCUCUCAAAAGCGGCAGCAUCUGCUUGCGUUCGAACAAUUUCCGCUCAAGGGGAAGCUCCAAUUCCUCGUGUUGGCUCAGCAAGCACUGUGCUCAGCGACAUCAUUUAUUUCUUUUCUGGCCGCGGUGGAGUGGCCAUGGCGCCUAUAGCAGAAAAGGGACACUUAUGGAGUUACAAGCCGUCCACCGCUCAAUGGUCUCUGAUAUCUCCUGCCGAUGGCACAGCACCGUUUCCUGCGGCUCGAAGCUAUCACGCAAUGACGAAUGACGGAGCCAGUACGAUUUACGUUCACGCUGGAUGUCCAGAAAGCGGUCGACUCUCCGAUCUGUGGUCUUUCGAUGUCAACACGAAGUCUUGGAAAAGUCUGGCUGCUGCGCCAGACCCACCCCGAGGAGGUACAUCGAUCGCGUACUGCACGGGUAAGCUUUACCGCAUGAACGGCUUUGAUGGGGAACAAGAGCAAGGUGGCAAUCUCGAUGUGUAUGACCCUUCACAAGAUUCAUGGUCUACCGUGACAUACCCUGCGGAUGGUGAAAAUGGUCCAGAAGCUCGCAGUGUUGGUACUCUGCUUGCCCUCCAACUGAACCACAAACACUUCCUCGUUACGCUUUUUGGUGAGCACGACCCAAGCGCACAUGGACAUGCAGGGGCUGGGAAGAUGCUUGGAAAUGUUUGGGCAUAUGAUGUGGCAGCUGAAUCUUGGAAUAAAGUGGAAGCUGCGGGUGAAUGGCCACAGCCUAGAGGCUGGUUCGAUGCAGAUGUUAUGAAUGGCAUUGAGGGUAAGGGGGCAAUAGUUGUACAUGGUGGACUUGCAGAAGACAAUAGUCGGCUGAAAGAUGUCUGGAUCAUAGAGCUAGAUCCGUGA